GAUGUUCCCGUCGGGGGCGGUGGUGGCCGCCGCGGCCGCGCCGGUGCGGCAGGUCGUCUCGCGGGUCGACAAGGCCACCAGCCACCUUCUCAUGGGCCCCGACUGGGCCGUCAACCUCGAAAUCUGCGACUGCAUCAACGCCGACGUCUGGCAAACAAAGGAUGUGGUGAAGGCAGUUAAGAAGCGGUUGCAAAACAAGGACCCGAAGGUUCAAUACUAUGCUUUGACGUUGUUGGAGACAAUGAUGAAGAAUUGUGGUGAAUAUGUGCAGUUUGAAGUUGCCGAACAACAUGUUCUGAACGAAAUGGUUAAAAUAAUCCAGAAGAAGCAUGAUAUGCAAGUAAGGGAUAAAGUAUUAUUACUUUUGGACUCUUGGCAAGAAGCAUUUGGUGGACCUUCAGCUAAAUACAGGCAAUAUCACUUGGCAUAUCUUGAAGUAAAGAGCACAGGUGUAGUGUUCCCAAGACGUCCCAUAGAUGCCCCACCAAUACUUACUCCUCCUGCAACACACAAUUCUCAAAACUAUGGUUCACCCAGAUAUGCUGCUGGAAGUUUGAAUGAACAAAUGUCCGCUGAUGUCGAUACUCUGAGUUUAGGGGACUUGAAUAAUAUUCGUAAUGUGACGGAGCUACUAAGUGAUAUGGUGUAUGCUUUGAACCCAUCAGAUCAAGAGGCUGUUAAAGAUGAAAUCAUCACAGAUCUUGUGAGCCAAUGUCGCUCAAAUCAACAAAAGCUCAUGCAGUUUAUCAGUUCCACAGGGAAUGAGCAGUUACUGAAGCAAGGUCUUGAAAUAAAUGAUCGCCUACAAAAUGUACUUUCAAAAUAUGAUGCCAUCGCUGCUGGUACUCAUUUGGCAGUUGAAGGUCCUGCCAGAGAGACAGUUGAGUCUCCGAGAGAGGAACCAAUAGCAAAACCAUCGCCACCUCAUAUUGUAGAAAAGGACAUCCCUAAUGAAGAGGAGGAUGAGUUUGCUCAGCUGGCACAAAGAAAAAACAAAUCCGUGAUAAGUAGUGAUGAGACAUCAUCAAGCACAAGUACUGUGGAACUUGCCCUUGUACCCAUUGAUAUGCCAAGUUCAGAAUCACCGCCUUCUGUGGCAAGCAAUGCAUUGGUUCCUCUUGACCCAGCUCCAAGUAGUAGUUAUCAAACAAAAGAGCAGGAUUUGAUCGACCUUUUAAGCCUCACCUUGUGCACCCCUACUGAUGAAACUUCCACUGAUUCUUCAGCGCCGAGCCAAAAUGGCCAUCAGCAACCUGCAGUUGCAGAUGGACAAGAAAACCCUACUGGUGUGCCACAAUAUCCUUCAGCCAACCAUCCAUACCCUGUAAACCAGGGAUAUACUCCACAUAUUAGCAACUACGCUGCACCUUGGGCACAAACUGGACCAUAUCCAUCUCAAGCUCCAGCAUAUGCAUCCGGAUAUCCAGCGCCACCAUGGGCUACACCUCCAACUGCCAAUUCUAAUCCUUUCCAGCCAGCUGCUUACCAAGAACAACUCCCUGCUACCUAUACACCUCCCUUAGCUUCAUAUACCUCUCCUUCAACCUCCCAGCUAACGCAACAGUACAAUUCUGUGGGUUCUCCAACAAAUAAUGGUCUAACCAUGCCUCAAGCCCCAGUGAACGUGAAUCAACAACCUAGGGAUCCUGCAGCAGCAGCAAGCAAACCUUACUACAUACUUGAUAAUUUAUUCGGUGAUUUGAUCGACUUGAAGAGCUCCAGUGGUGGAAAUAAGAUGGGCACUAGUUUGGGUAGCUCAAACGGUGGUCAACCUAUGAUUGGUGGAAAGAAAUAAGUUCCUCUAAAUGGCAAUGGUUGAUUGUAGAUUCUUCGCGACAGUUCACUCGAUUUAAUGUAUAUUUGGUGUAUAUCUCUUCUUUUACAUGUUUGAUUAGGUUUGUUGAUUUCGUGGUUUAGAACAUUGUUGAUGUACAUAAAAAUGGUUUAUUGCAUUUCUCUGGAGCGUAGUGCACUUGUCAGACUUGCAACACAUAAAUUAUUCGGGAGUUUGGUCUCUUUUUUCUCA